CUGUGCAGCUUUUCCAAGUGAGCGCACGGUUGAGCGCGGCUCCUGGGGAAGGACCGACUGGAACCGCAGGAGCCCUGCCAGCCGGUCCUGCCUGCUCCACCUCAGACUCUCCACCCAGAGGCCUGUCAGAAGUUGAGGUCUAGACAUCAAUUCCUGCACUUUCUGGCUGAAAAGAUGAAACAGGUUUCCCAACGCUGGUGCUUUUUUCUCUCUCCACGUCUACUCCAGGCAGGAAAGGGUUGGGCAGUGAAUACAAAGUAGCGCAGCCAGGUUCUGGUUAGCUGAGCAGCCUGAUUGUCUAAAAAUUUGUCCGGACCAGACAGAGGCUCUGGGCCACAAGGACUUGGGUCACUGCGUUGGUCCGUUCAGAUUGCCAGGUUGGAGAAUGUCUUGAGACAGUCUUAAAACGAGGCUGCUCAGCUUCGUUCUGGCUUGCUGAUCACCAGUCAGGACUUCAUCUUUUUUAGUGAUAAGAGGAACCACAAACCUCAAGCAGGGCCAGUACAGCAUGGGAACGUGACACCUCCAACCCCAGGCCUCAGAUGGUUCGUGAUGGAAAAUGUGAACCCGGCAGGGGUAUUCAGUGCCUGAGGCAGCAGAAGAGGGCAUCGUAAUCCCCUGGAACUUGAGCCGUAAGCAACUGUGAGCCCCUGGAUGUGCAUGCUCACUGGGAACUAAACUUGAGUCCUCUGCAAGUGCAUCAAGUGCUCGUCACUGCUGAGCCAUCUCUCCAGUCCCGCCUUGUUUUUCUGAGACAGGGUCUUUCAUUGACCUGGAGACCACUGACUAGGAAGGAUCAUUGGAUGGCUCCUGUGUGACAACAUGCACCACCAGUGGCUUCUGCUGGCUGCGUGCUUCUGGGUGAUUUUCAUGUUCAUGGUGGCCAGCAAGUUCAUCACAUUGACUUUUAAAGACCCGGAUGGGUAUAGUGCCAAACAGGAGUUUGUGUCCCUGACGACCAUGCCAGAAGCAGGGAAGCUAAGAGGAGAGAAGCAUCUUCCUGAGGACACAAAGCCAACUGGGAAGAUGCUCUCUGACAGCCAUCCUGACCAGCCCCCGGUUUAUCUGCAACGGCUGGAGCUCAUCAGAAAUGCCUGCCAGGAAGAGGCCCUGAGGAACCUCUCACACACUGAGGUCUCUAAGUUUGUCCUCGAUCGAAUAUUUGUCUGUGACAAGCACAAGAUUCUUUUCUGUCAGACUCCCAAAGUGGGCAACACCCAGUGGAAGAAAGUGCUGAUCGUCCUAAACGGAGCGUUUUCUUCCAUUGAGGAGAUCCCUGAAAAUGUGGUCCAUGACCACGAGAAAAAUGGCCUUCCGCGUCUCUCCUCCUUCAGCAAAACGGGAAUUCAGAAGAGACUGAAAACAUACUUCAAGUUUUUUAUCGUAAGAGAUCCUUUCGAAAGACUGAUUUCCGCCUUUAAGGAUAAGUUUGUUCACAAUCCGCGCUUUGAGCCUUGGUACCGGCAUGAGAUCGCCCCUGGCAUCAUUAGGAAGUACAGGAAGAACCGGACAGAGACCCGGGGCAUCCAGUUUGAGGAUUUUGUGCGCUACCUGGGUGAUCCAAACCGCAGAUGGUUAGACCUUCAGUUUGGGGAUCAUAUUAUCCAUUGGGUGACCUACGUCGAACUCUGUGCGCCCUGUGAGAUAAGGUACAGUGUGAUCGGACACCAUGAGACCCUGGAGGAGGAUGCCCCGUACAUCCUGAAAGAGGCUGGCAUAGACCACCUGGUGUCUUACCCCACCAUCCCUCCAGGCAUCACCCUGUACAAUAGAACUAAAGUGGAACACUACUUCCUGGGCAUCAGCAAACGAGACAUCCGGCGCCUAUAUGCACGUUUUGAAGGGGACUUUAAGCUCUUUGGGUAUCAGAAGCCAGAGUUUUUGCUAAAUUAAUGCAGAGGACCCUUGAGUUCUUGCUAGAUCGGGGGCUGACUAGAUGGAGGUCUGAGCACAGAAAUGAGACUUCCUCCAUCGUUCCCCGUGGUUUUGUGAACAGAUGAUGUUGGGCUCUGAUUACCUUAGCUUGGAUAUCAGAUGCUCUGAACCCCUCCCCCAACCUGUGUCAUUAGUUGGUCACUAGCUAUCACUCCCAUGGGAGGUUAGGAAGGACUGUUUGCAGACUGGUGGGCAGACCCAGAGGAGACAGUGUUAGGAGCUGUUCCCUUCCAUGUCACAUGGCAUUGGUAUUAGCAGCUAACCAGUGGCCAGGUGGUGUCACCCGUGACCUGUAGAUUGUACAGACCCAGCACUUUGAAGAGACAUGGAGAUGCUGAAUGGCUGCAAAAGUUACUGGGGCCCGUGCAGACUCAAAUCUAAGUCAUUGAUACCUCUUUCUUCCAUCUUGGCACGCCUAUAACCACAGAUGCAGAUCGUGUGUGCUCCUGGAGCUUGGGGCUCUGUGACAUUUACUGUUGGUACUCACAGAAUUGUUUGAGCAAGCUGUCCUUUCAACAUCCGGGCUAGCCCAGAUUUUAAGACACCUGGCCCUACAAGCACCUGCUUCAUUCUGCAGAAGAGAUGCCCUUCUGGAAAGUGAGGGUAUAUGUAGGGACCUCUUUGGGGACUUUAACUUGUCACAGGGGAGAAAGAACUGGACAUUUCUGGAAACUCAGAUCGCUGUGGAAUUGGGUACCUUUGUCUUGGUUCCUGCCUUUGUCUCAGACUGCCCUUGUAGUGAACAGCAGGGGCUUUUUCACCCGUCUCCUCAGAGAACCUUGCUGUCCCGAGAGGGGAGAAAGACAGAGCAUUUCCAGUGGAUAGACACUAGCACCGGCUGACGACAAGCAGGCAAUGCCGUGCCAGCAUCGCAGAACCCAGUACUGCUCACACACUGCCAUGUCGGUUCGUGUCGACAGACAGGAUCCUCCAGCCCUGGUUCUAACAGUGCCGCCAUUCUGGACUGAAAGACCAAAAGUUGGAUAAUCAGAGUCGUCAGCAAUAAAGUCUUGGGUGAGGCCAGUUCUGGCAACAUGCCAUCCAGGCUUUGAUGCCAGCCCCAGCAAGAAGAAAGCCACAGCAGCAUGUCAGCUGCAAACCAGUAGCAAGCACUGCUAAAGAUGACAGGAUUGUCUGCCUGAGGGAGUCCCUGGCACACACACAUCCGCCCAGGGUUGGGAGACAUUGUGAUAGUUUUCCCUAAGGGCCACAGCCCUCUUCUAAAAAAACCUUCCUGAACAUGUAAAUGUGAAAGUCAAAUAAAAUUUAAAAUAUGUGCCAAAUCUGACCAGUGAAGGGAGCCUCCAGGGCCACAGGUAACUUGAGGGCUUCGGGCUCAGACCAGGGAUGGAGCCGUGGACUGGAAUGAGACUUGGCUUUUCCUGGUCGACUGAGAUGCCAAGUAUGUGACACUGGGUUAUUUUUAAAUGAAGUUUUAGCAAAGCCUUUGUGAAAUCACUUCAGACCUAAACUGCUGACUGGGACCUCUUUCCUGCAUUUGACAGUCAACAGUGUUAAUACUGUGUGUGAGGUUAAGGUCUUCAAGGUAGUCUUGAUUAAAGCGGUGUUUUCUCUCA